AUGCUCAAGGACUCCCCUACAGUCUUUCACGAGCCUACUCUUAACUCAUUCGCUGCGCUCGGCAGACAAAUCCAUAGCCAGGUGCGCAGCGCUCUCCAGGACCUCCUCUCAUCGGAAACACAGAAUCCUGCGGCCCUCCGCGAUGACCCGGACCUGCGUAACGCAGCCCUUCUACACCGCAGCACGGUACACAACCACCUACCAGUGAGCAUUGGUGACUAUACCGACUUUUACGCCGGAUAUAACCAUGCGUUCAUGGUCGGUUGCCUAUUCCGCGGGCCUGCCAACGCGCUCCAGCCUAACUACACGCACCUCCCUGUCGCCUAUCAUAGCCGCUCAUCAAGCGUUAUCGUCUCCAAUACGCCGGUUUAUCGGCCUAUUGGUCAGAUACUCUUAGAUCCGAGUGCGGAACAGAAGGAGCCAACCACAGCCGCCGCUCGGAGACUCGACAUGGAGCUGGAACUGGGCGUCAUCAUGGCCACGGGGAACGAGCUAGGAUCACGUAUCAAGAUCGACGACGCCGAGAGCCACAUAUUUGGCUAUGUUCUCCUCAAUGAUUGGAGCGCACGUGACAUUCAGGCGUGGGAGUACGUGCCUCUUGGUCCGUUUAACGCUAAGAACUUUGCCAGCACUAUCAGCCCGUGGAUCGUACUCGCAGAUGCCCUGGAGCCUUUUAUGGCAAAGGGCAUUGAGAACAAGACGGUGAUUCAGAACUAUUUAAAAGAGUCAAGGGCUGAGAAUGUGGUCGACCUUGAGCUUGAAGUAGAAUUGACAACUUCUGAGGGCCACUCUACGAUGAUAGCCAAAACAACUUCGAGAAACCUCCUAUGGUCCUUUCCCCAGAUGAUCGCGCACCACACACUUGGGGGAUGCCCCCUCCGGACAGGCGAUCUCCUCGGCUCCGGUACUAUUAGCGGGACAGAAGCAAACCAGAAGGGAAGUCUAUUAGAGCUAAGCGGCGGUGGAAAGAGCGAAAUUACCUAA